AUGGCAACUCCACAGGAUCACAGAGGACGCUGCAAGCUGACGCUGCUGUGGGUGCUGCUGGGGACGCUGUGGGAGAUGGGAACCGGGCAGAUCCGCUACUCAGUGCCAGAGGAGACGGACAAAGGCUAUUUCGUGGGGAAUAUCUCCAAGGACCUGGGGCUGGAGCCGCGGCAGCUAUCAAAGCAUGGAGUCCGCAUCGUCUCCCGAGGUAGGGCGCAGCUGUUCGCUCUGAACGCGCGCAGCGGCAGCUUGGUCACGGCGGGCAGGGUAGACCGCGAGGAGCUCUGUGCCCAGAGCGCGCGGUGCGUGCUGAAUAUUAACAUCCUGGAUGAGGAUAGAGGACAACUCUUUGGGAUAGAAAUAGAGAUAACUGAUAUCAAUGAUAAUAAGCCACAGUUCCAGGCUGAGAAUCUGGAAGUAAAAAUUAAUGAAAUCGCUGCUCCUGGCGCGCGUUAUCCACUGCCUGAGGCUGUGGACCCGGAUGUGGGCGUGAACUCCCUGCAGAGCUACCAGCUCAGUUCCAAUCUGCACUUCUCCCUGGACGUGCAAAACGGAGACGAUGGGGCUGUCCGGCCCGAGCUGGUGCUGGAGCGCGCCUUGGACCGCGAGCAGGAGGCCGUCCACCACCUGAUCCUCACCGCCCUGGAUGGUGGCGAGCCACGGCGCUCCAGCACCGCGCACAUUCGCGUGACCGUGCUGGAUACAAACGACAACGCCCCGGUGUUUGCUCAGCCGACCUACCGGGUCAAAGUGCCUGAGAACGUGCCCCAGGGCACUCAGCUGCUUGCCGUGAGAGCCAGCGACCCAGACGAGGGAGCCAACGGGAAGGUGGUGUAUAAAUUCUGGAAAAUUAAUGCGCAACAUUCCCCGUUUUUUGUGCUUAAUGAAACUACUGGAGAAAUAUCAAUCGCAAAAAGCCUUGAUUAUGAAGAAUGUUCCUUCUAUGAAAUGGAAAUACAGGCUGAAGAUGGUGGGGGACUUCUGGGGAGGACCAAAGUGCUGAUCUCUGUGGAAGAUGUAAAUGACAACAGACCGGAAGUGACCAUCACUUCUCUUCUUAGCCCAGUGUUGGAGAGUUCUCCUCCAGGAACAGUGAUUGCCUUCUUGAAUGUGCAUGACCGAGACUCGGGGAAGAAUGGUCAAGUUGUGUGUCAUGUAGGUGACCAAUUGCCUUUUAAAUUGGAGAAAUCAGUCGAUAACUACUAUCGAUUAGUGACAUGGAAAGACUUGGAUCGAGAAGAGGUCUCUAGCUACAAAAUCACCGUGGUAGUCUCAGAUCUGGGAACCCCGCCUCUGGCUACUGAAACCCACAUCAGCCUGAUGGUAGCUGACACCAACGACAACCCACCUGCCUUCCCUCGUGCCUCAUACUCCGCCUAUAUCCCCGAGAACAACCCCAGGGGUGCCUCCAUUUUCUCGGUGACAGCACAGGACCCCGACAGCCAAGAGAAUGCACAGAUCACUUACUCUGUAAUGGAAGACACCAUAUCCGGGGUGCCUCUGUCCACCUACGUCUCUAUCAACUCUGACACUGGAAUCCUAUAUGCACUGCAGCCCUUUGACUAUGAGCACUUGAGAGAACUGCAGCUCUGGGUGACAGCCAGUGACAGCGGGGACCCACCUCUCAGCAGCAAUGCCUCCCUCACCAUCUUCGUGCUGGACCAGAAUGACAAUGCCCCUGAGAUCCUCUACCCCACCCUCCCCACCGAUGGAUCCACAGGCGUGGAGCUGGCACCACGCUCUGCAGAACCUGGCUAUCUGGUGACCAAGGUGGUGGCAGUAGACAGGGACUCUGGCCAGAAUGCCUGGCUGUCCUACCGGCUGCUCAAGGCCAGCGAGCCAGGGCUGUUCUCUGUGGGGCUGCACACGGGCGAGGUGCGCACAGCACGGGCCCUGCUGGACAGAGAUGCACUGAAGCAGAGCCUGGUGGUGGCCGUCCAGGACCACGGGCAGCCGCCUCUCUCGGCCACUGUCACGCUCACAGUGGCCGUGGCUGACAGCAUCCCCGCAGUGCUGGCUGACCUGGGCAGCCUCAAGCCUUCAGUGGAAGCUGAUGAGGCAGACCUGACUCUGUACCUGGUGGUGGCAGUAGCUACAGUGUCGUGUGUCUUCCUGGCCUUUGUGAUUGUGCUGCUGGCACUCAGGCUGAGGCGCUGGCACCACUCCCGCCUCCUGCAUUCUGCAGGUGAUGGGUUGUCAGGCAUGCCAGCCUCACACUUGGUGGGCAUUGAUGGGGUACAGGCUUUCCUGCAGACCUACUCACAUGAGGUGUCCCUGACCACAGACUCCAGAAAGAGUCACCUCAUCUUCCCUCAGCCCAACUAUGCAGACACACUCAUCAGCCAGGAGAGCUGUGGGAAAAAUGCCUCCUUGUUGACAUCUGUAGAUUUUCAGGAAUGUAAAGAUGAAGCUGCUUGUGCUCAGGUGAGUUCAGUUCUUCCUCUUGCAGUUCCAUUGUGUUUGCGCUGAUCUCAGGGUUUUGAAGAUUAGACUGUG